UCAGACCAGAAAUGAAGAGCGAGUUAAAGAAACAUCAAACACUUCCGGAUGAGAAAGUAUGGCGGCUCAAACCGAGUUGUCAGCACCAGCUCUGGUGAGCCGAAAUGAUGUCCCUGUUUUUCCGCCCAUGGCUCUGUCCGCAGAGGCCGCCCCGUUCACCCCGCUCGGGCCUGAGACUUGGCAGCUCGGCUCCUCGUCGGACGCUGACAAACAGUUUUCCCGCUGUGCCACAAAACUCCGAGCUCUGCGAGGAGACUCAGGCCACCUCAGGGAGGAGCUCAACCUGCUGUUUGACCAGCUCCUGUCUGAAAACUACAACAAAUCCUUCGACCCGAGCAUCAACAUAAGAACAGAGGAUGUGUGCAGUCUGCUGAAACAUGCCAGCGCUCUUGUGCCUCUCAGUCAAGAACAUUUAGUCAUCAAGUUCUGCCAGCUGAUGCAUCAUCUAUUGAACCAGCUGAAGGUUAUAAUGGAUGAGCACACAUUGGAUGUUUUGGUGAAAUACACCACCAGUGCACUGAAAACGUGUAGUACAUGGACACACUCUGAUGUACUCUUGGCACUCUCCACAGUAGUGUAUGGUAACGGCCCUCAGUGCCACCAGCAUCUCAGCAAUUUGCUGCGUGAAGAUGGAGUCCUGUUGAUGUACAGUUCCCCAUCUCAGCCAAAUAUGGAGUUACGCCGUGUAGCUCUUUCCUGUAUGGCCAACAUUUGUCUCAGGAUCCCUGGUCAGCCACCUUUGGAUGAUCAGUACAGAAGUGUAUCUUUCAGUGUCUUCCUGAAAACACUGCAGUCAGCCAAACCUCCCGACACUGAUGAACUCUUCUACUGCAUGGUGAUCCAGGCAGCUCUGAAGGGACUACAGUGUUGUCUCUCAGGUGGAAAGUGGAAAUUUGGUGGAGGGGAGGAGCUUGGGUCCGUACUGGCCUUACUGAAGAGACUCAUGUUCCAGGGAGCUCCAGGUGUAAGUGUGGAGUGGCCAACUGUUCUUUACCCAGCAGCUCUUCCUCAAUAUGAGAGUCUCCCUGUGCCCAAACCAGCUGAUCCUCAAAAACCUGCUGAAGGACCAAAAGACGCUGCUGUGGCAGGAAAAACCUCAGGGAAUAAAAAGAGAAAAUCCAGAGGGAAAGGAAAGAAGACAAACGUAGAGGAGAGCCGAGGGAACGAUGAAGAGGAAGAUAAUAAAGAUGACAAAGUGCCUGCUGUUCAGAAAGGAGGUGGAAGAGAGGGAGGAAGAGGUGAUCCAGAGUCCUUAUGUAAAUUCUCUGCCUUGUCCCUCUACCCCUCCUGGAAGAAAAACAGUUCUGACUCAGAGUUUUCUGACCCAGAGGGAAGUGCUCAGUGCAAACUAAGACUUUACCACGGUCGUGUGCGUCAGGGAGCUCUUCACGGUCUUCUAGCGGUAGCAAAAAGUCUAGAAAAGAGAACCCUGUACGGCUUCUGGUCCUCUUUUAUCCCCGACUCUCCGAUUGGAGGACCGCCACCUCUCACUCUCCUCACAAUAAUACUGAAGGAUCUCUCGCCAAAGGUGCGUGCCUGUGCGCUCCAGGUGUUGUCAGCCAUGUUGGAUGGCUCCCGUCAGUUCCUGGCAGUAGCUGAAGAUACAGCGUCUCCUCGUACAUCUUACACCCCAUUCUCCUUCUCGCUGGCUACGUCUGUCAGAGAGCUUCACCGCACUCUCAGUCUGGCUCUGCUGGCUGAAACCUCCCCUCAGACGCUCACACAGGUCAUAAAGUGUCUGGCGUACUUGGUAGCAAACGCUCCCUACCACCGUCUUAGACCUGGUUUGCUCAGUCCUCUCUGGAAGCAGAUGCGCCCCUAUGUCCGCCACAGAGAUGCAAACGUUCGUGUGUCCGUCCUGACACUGUACGGGGCUCUGGUGACAACUCAGGCUCCUCUCCCUGAAGUGCAGCUCCUCCUCCGACAGCCAGAGGGCAGCGGCGGCGGCAGCAGCAACGCUGGCUCGUUCACUCCCCAGAGCUCAGCUCUGAGCUGGAGGCAAAGAGAUGGAGUGUCCUCUCCUUCUCACACCCCAGCGACACUCUCCCAGCGGGGCUCCUGCUCACACUCACCUCGUGCUCCCCGCACGCCAGGUGAGGAGGACAGCGCUCCGCCAUGGCUGCUGCAGCUGUGUGUGUCACUGGUGACUCAGCCACGGGAGGACCAAUCAGAUAAUGAGGGAGCAGGGACAGGUGUUACAUUAGAGCCCUCACCUGUAAGGCUAGAAGCUCUCCAGGUCAUGUCCCACCUGGUGAGGGGUUACUUCUCUUUAGUGCAGACGUGUCUCUGUGAUGUCGGGCAGGUGAGUGCCCGCUGCCUCAAGGAGUCUGACCCCUCCAUACAGCUGCACGGAACAAAGCUACUAGAGGAGUUAGGAACUGGCAUAAUCCAACAGUACAGAGCUGAGAACAACAUCCCUGAAAGCUCCAGGGUCCCCAUAAGCCAGGUGGUGCUGUUUUGGACUGAAGUCUUGAGCGGUCCUUUAAACGGAGCGCUGCAGAAUGAGCAACAUCCCACGCUGCAGACGAGUGCCUGCGAGACACUCUCCUCUAUCCUGCCACAGGCCUUUGCACAGCUGCCUGACAAGACCCAGCUGAUGUGCAUCACUGUGCUGCUGGGGCUGACCUACAGUGAGAACUAUCUGGUGAAGACGGCAGCUGUCAGGGCUUUGGGAGUUUACGUCCUCUUCCCCUGCCUGAGAGAGGAUGUGAUGUUUGUGGCAGAUACAGCAAACACCAUACUCGCUGCCCUCGAUGAUCGAUCUCCAAAUGUCCGUGCCAAGGCGGCCUGGUCUUUAGGAAACCUCUCAGACACGCUUAUAGUCAACAUGGCGAGUGUCGGUGUGGACUUCCAGGAAGAGUUAUCAGACAUGCUGCUUCUCAAGAUGCUGCAGGCAGCCACCCGGGCAUCAGAUGACAAAGACAGGGUGAAGUCUAACGCAGUGCGAGCGCUUGGAAAUCUGCUUCACUUCCUCCGUGAGAGUCAGCUGACCCGGUCGGCAUUCCAGCGCCCACUGGAAGACGCAGUCCGUGCUCUGGUUAAAACUGUCCAAUCAGAGGCCACCAUGAAGGUCCGAUGGAAUGCCUGCUGUGCGUUAGGGAAUGCUUUCAGGAACCCCGCCCUGCCGCUUGACUCAGCUCCUUGGUCUCAUGACGCAUUCUCUGCCCUCUGCCAUGUCGUCACUUCCUGUAAGAACUUCAAGGUACGGAUCAAAUCUGCGGCGGCCCUGUCAGUUCCCACCCACCGGAGCUGCUAUGGCGACACAGAGCGGUUCACUUGUGUGUGGAGUUCCCUCGCCAAGGCGCUGGAGAACAGCGAGGACACUAACGACUUCCUAGAAUACCGCUACAGCGCCAGCCUGAGACACACACUGUCACAAGCUCUCCUGCACCUGCUCAGCAUCAGCCAGGUUCAGGACAUGCCAGUGCUAGGAGCAUCGAUGGCUGGGGACGAGGGGAGGGGCAUCAGAGAACAUUUAAUCAAGUAUGUCAGGGAGGAGGAAGAAGGAGGAAAAGGAAGAGGAGAUGGGGAGGAGGCACAGGGGGAGAAAGACACAGGGGGGGAAAGUGUCACCCCUCAACAGAGAAUAAGCGGUCUGCAGCAGACCCUGAUCAGACUUAAGGGACUGAAGGCUGAAGGAGAGGAGGACAGAGGUAAGGAGGAGGUUGUUCAGUUCCUUGAGGAGCUGCUAAAGAAUUGUGAAGAACCAUAAACAUUUUAUUUCCUUCUGCGCACUCAAGGCGAGUCUAUCAGGCUGGACUUAUGGAGGCAGUAAUAACCAAACCAUCCAUGACUUGUGUGAAGAAAAAAACAUAAAACAAUUGGUAAUUAAAUAAUCAAAAUGGUAUCAAUUAUGAAUAAAUGAUAAAUAGAACUAUAAUAAACUAUCAAAAUAAAGGUUAAAUACACUAAAGAUAGAUUACAUAAAUAGGGAGAGAGGGAGUGGGGAGGCAACUGAACCUCAUCUGGGUGAAUAUUAGUUUUGUUUAAAAAUUCAGUGAAGGGCCUCCGAGUCCUGUCAAAUGAACUCUUUGACCCAACAUGUGAGAAUCAGAUCUUCUCAAGUUUAAUGAGACUCAGAAUCUCCCUGAGCCAGCUGUUGUGUGAAGGAGGGAGUGUGUGCUUCCACCUGAACAGGAUGUGGCGACCUGCUAGCAAAGUUGUAAAGGCUAAGACGUGCCGCUUGGUUGCUGAAAGGUUUGACACUCCCGGUGUUGGGACUCCAAACAGGACAGUGAGUGGGUCAGGGAGAAGGUCUGUUUCAAAUACUGUUCCCAGUGUGUUAAAAAUUUGACUUGCAAUUACGCAGAUAGUGAAAAGGCAACUAGGAGGAUUCAUUUUGCAUAAAAAGGGGUCUAACAUAAAUACUUGGAGUGAAAGUUCUUGGAUUUUUUUUUUACUAUUCAUGUAUACUCUAGUGAAGCCUUUUAACCACACUCAUCAUGUCAUGACAAUCAGAUACCUUGUUACCCAUACAUUUCUUUAGCUGUCACAGUACACAAACAUGAAAUCUGACUGAACAGAAGUGAAAGGACGAUCAGUUGUAACAGCUGCUUUAACUCAUCUAUUCAAGAAAAUAUUGAAUUUGAUUAUUUAUUAUCUUAUUUAUCAUUCCAUCAAAAAAUACUUAUUCUGAUUUGCACAUUUGUUCUGUGAAGAUUUAAACCACACACCAAGACAACAGAUAUAAGGAUGCAUCUAGACAAAAAGAGAGUACAGCAAAUCUAUAGAAAUCAAAUGUGAUGUUAGGUGCUGGGAAAUAGUUUAUAGUUUAGUUUGUGAUUGCACUGACAAAAACAGUCUUUUAGCAUUUUUUUCGAACCCUUAAGUUUAGAGAACUCAAACAUAAUCUUCAUCUUCACCUGCUGCAACACGUGUCACUUCUGAAUGUAUUUCAAUAACAUCAUGGGUUGAUUUUCAUAUCUUGUACAAAUACUAUAUUUGAUCCUUAUACUUUUGUACUUAAUGGAUUUUGCACAACAUAUUUUGACACUGUAAUGUUGAUGUAAGUAAAGAUCUGAAUACUUUUAUUUCAGAAGCACUA